AUGGUCAAGAAGACGAUGGUUCUGAGUACGGAGUGGGCGCAAGUUGAAGUGGUUGAGCUUACGAACGACGGUAACGGACUGGGCUUCAACUUGGUUGGCGGGCGAAGUACUGGCGUCGUUAUAAAGUACGUGCUACCUGGUGGAAUCGCGGAUAAGGAUGGACGACUACAAAGUGGUGAUCAUGUGCUUCAAGUGGGUUCUGUGAACUUGCGCGGCUUUACAUCGGAACAGGUUGCAGCUGUUCUACGCCAGGCUGGGCCAACAGUGCGUCUGUUAGUCGCCAGACCGGCAGACCCAGCCACUGCAUUACGAGCACCUCCAAUUGGCACUGCACUUGUUCCUACAAAACUUUUAGCUGACCCGGAACUUCUAGAUCGACACCUCAUCGAAACAGGUUACAGUGCUGUGUAUGAUCUAUCACAAUGUUACAGUGAAUAUAUAAAUGGACAAAAUGGUGACAUUGAUAAUGUAGUUGCUGCCGUUAGCAUUAUCGGUGAUAAUCCACAACAAGUUCCCAAUCAUCAAAUUAUAGCAGACUCCAUAUCUCCUACUAUUACCAUAACUGUGCCUGUGGAACUACCAGUCCUACCGGAAGUUGAACUCAUAUAUGUAGACUUGAACAAAAAUGUAUACGGACUGGGUAUAACUGUAGCUGGAUAUGUAUGUGAAAAAGAAGAGCUGUCUGGUAUAUUUGUUAAAAGUAUUAUAGAAGGCAGCAGCGCUGAGCAGAGUGGUAAGAUUAAGAUAAAUGAUAGAAUAAUAGAGGUAGAUGGUGUAUCAUUGACUGAUAAAAGUAAUCCUCAGGCUGUUGAAAUAUUGAAAAAUACAGGGAUAUCUGUUCAUCUUGUUUUAGAAAGAUACUUACGAGGUCCUAAGUUUGAACACUUACAGCUUGCUAUAUUCAAUGAAGAAAGGCCUGCUUCUCCUUCCCCGUCUGCCACAACUCUAACAUGGUUCCCAGUACAGUCGCAAAUUGAGAAUAGUCUCACUGAAAUAGAACCAGAGCCAGAAUCCAAUACAACAAUAAAUUCUAGUGUCCUAGAAGUUGGUGAUGACAAAGAACCCACACAAGAAGAACUAGAUAAGCAGCUGGAUGAGAUACUUAGUGUUGAUGUAGAUGACAUAAAGGAAAGAUGGGAAUCUGAAGUAGGUCCUGAAAAGGAGAUAUUAAUUGCUGAAGUUAAUAAAUUGUCUGGCUUAGGAAUAAGUUUAGAAGGAACGGUAGAUGUUGAGGGUGGCUUAGAAGUUAGACCACACCACUACAUUCGAUCGGUUCUUCCUGAAGGGCCAGUGGGGCAGCAAGGCACAUUCAUUGCUGGAGACGAAUUGUUGGAAGCAAAUCAAUAUAGAUUGCAUGGACUUACACAUACUGAAGUUGUUAACAUCCUUAAGCAGUUACCAAAUCGCGUACGUUUAGUUUGUGCGCGUAGUAAUACGGAUAGCGGUCCUAGGCCAGUCAUAAACUUGGCCCAAGAUAGAGAGGGAUUUGAGGCCAGAAAGAUAAUUUCAGGUAGUUUAAACAACCUUACUACACUAGUGAAAGCCCAAUCAGAUACAUCCAUAAAUACAUCUAGUACAGCCACUCUCACAAAUCAAUCAGGAUCAAAAAAAUCUAAAUCUCUUGAGUGUGUAUCUGGUCUUGCUAUGUGGCAAAGCAAAGAGGAUAUAGUAGAGUUAGUGAAAGGAGAUCAAGGCCUUGGUUUCUCAAUUCUGGAUUAUCAAGACCCAAUCGACCCUAAUGGCACAGUUAUUGUUGUCAGAAGCUUAGUGCCUGGUGGUGUUGCUGAGAAAAAUGGUCAAAUCUCCCCAGGAGAUAGGGUAAUGUCAGUAAAUGGAACCAGUAUUAAAAAUGCCACUCUAGACCAAGCUGUGCAGGCCCUGAAAGGAGCACCGAGAGGAGUAGUCCGUGUCGGAAUAGCCCGACCACUACCAACACAUGAGUCAUCAAAGUCAAAAAGCACCACAAAUCUUGUAAAUCCAAGUUAA